GUCAACGAAAACUGCGAACUUGCAUACCAUCAAGGUUAGGAAAGUUGCAUGUCUGGGACACGAAAGAUAUGAGCUCCUGCAUCUAAUAUGAUGGAAAAGUUGCCGGUAAAAAGUAUUGGAUUCGUAACAUCAGAGAGUUGACGGGAAUUGCGAGUUUAGAAUUAUUUCGCCUUGCUAUAAAUAGACAGGAAUUUACGAAAUUACCGCAAGAUGAAGAAAAUCUUAGAAGAUUAUCUUAUAGUAAUUAUUAUCAGUCUGUCAGCCAGUCAGUUGGGAGGGUAAUUGGGAAGAAGGUCCGCUGCACAGAUUAAUAACAUGUUCGCUGUUUAGUAUAUUGUCUGUCAACUAAAUGUAGGUAGGUAGGUAACUAAGUCAACACAACUGUCAGGUGUCAAUGUCAAUAAUAUGAACACGACACGAAAUUGUACAACUGGUUGUAAAAAGUAAAUAAUUUUCGGUAACUCUUGCUUGCUGACGUGUUUAAUUACAAUUCAUAUUAAAAUACGAGAUUUGCAUUUAUUCUAAAUAAAGAUUUAACAGUUUCAUUAUGAGGAAGCUUAAAGGACUAGUUAAAGAAAACGCACGGCAAAAACGCGAAAGGAAGCAGGAAUUUGCUAAAAUGCGUCAACAGAUACAUACCAUUGUUUUACCAACUUUUGGUGUUAUUUUUCUCUUCAUAUGUAUCUACGUGUACUUCAAGACUAGACCUUCCACAAUGCAAUAUACGUAACGGAUGCAAUUCCUGAAUAGUGUGUGUAAAUAGUAUAUGAUUGGUAUUGGGCAUAUGGUGAAAAAUUAAAAUAAUUCGGUAUACAAAUAAAUUUUAGUAAUAUGGUUGUGAAUUAUAUGUGACUGUUAUCUAAUAUUCUGUAAUCUAUAAAAUAAAUAUGGAAAAAAGUAUGUU